AUGGAGAGCUACGAAAAGCCCCGGCCGCUACUGCAGCGCCCAGAGAGUUCUGGCAUUGAUGUGAUAGAUUUCUCCUUCAGCAAGCCCGUCUCACACAAGCCCUCGUACUCGCGAAACCUGACCAAGCAACCUACCAUCCCCCAUCCUGCAAUUGAUAAUGCCCGAUCUUCAAGAGAACCGAUGGGAGAGGAGGGAGGUCGCAACCAUCAACUGACCAGGCCAGACACCCCUCUCAAUCCUCGUAGCCUUGGGAAAGCAGGAAUCUCGAAGCCACCAAUCCCUGCGAGACAACCUGUGUUUCCUCAGCCACCAAGUCGACUAUCGGAAGCAGCUGAACCCAACAAAGACAGCGGCAGUCGGCCUACGCCUGGAGAUGUAGAGCAACCGAGUUUCGGACAGGAACAGGCGAUGAAUGUUUCCCAGCGGAACGAGCCCACCGAGGCUGAUAACCCUAGAGAGACUAUUGGCCCUGCGGGAAGGGCCGUUGACCCGAGUCAGGAGCGUGUGGUUGACAUCGAGAAGACGGGUGAACUUGACCCUGCCUUACCCGAACCACCCCAGGUGCAACAGCCUCACAGAGAGAGGCAAGAAAUUCCGGAGAACCCAUCCUCUCGUCUGCCACUCAGGCCUAUACACAAUCAGCUUCAAGUGUCGAAGCGACGCCGUGCCCCUGAGAAGGAAGCAUCUUCCAAGCAACAGGCACCGCUCGUUGGUGGGAAGAAUGGCGUUCAGCUCAGUGAGGAUGAUCUAUUCGAGCUUCUCAUCACAAGAAUGAGACAGCGAGAGGAAAGCGAACAAGCGGCUGCAGUUAUCCAACGGCAAGUCACGAAUGAGAACAUUGGCUUAAAGGAAGAGAAUCUUAAUCUGCAGGACCGGCUCCAGAAAUGCCAAGAACAGCUCGCCAAAACAUCAUCUGAGUCAAGAUCUCAGCGCGCACAAAUAGACAAGUGGAAGGCAAAACUUGGCACAUUCAAAGGUGUCCUUAGCGAACUCGGCCGUGAAUACGGUGCAGUCCGGGAGCAAGCCAAAGAAUUGAAAGAAGCCACUAUGUCUCUCGAUAGAGAGAAAAGCGAGAUCCAAUACAGUUUGGACGAGAUCAGGUUGAAAGUUUCGAAUAGUGAAGAAACCAUUCAAGACCAACGCAAAAGACUGUCAAUUUCCGAGGAAACAGUUGCCAGCCUGAGGGAAGCCUUGAACCAUUCAGAGAAAAGAGGCGAUUUAAUCAAGACCCAGCUAUCCAACGAGAAAAAGCGAAUCGCAACUCUAGAAGCCUACAUCCAAAAUGAGUCUCAGAGCCAGUCGCGAUACUUGGCCCUUAUCAGAAACGACCAGCGCAAGAUGGCUGAAAAAAUUGACUCAGCUUGCGAGCUAUUCACCACAUCUUGCUUCAAAUCUCAGGAGAGUAUCCUGUCGAAGCUGAGUCCGGAGCUUGAACAUUGUCUCGCUUCAGUUCAAGGGUUGAAAGAACAGUGCUCUGCCGAGACUAUGAAUGUCCAAGACUUCACCAACAGCGUUCAUGAGGCAACAUCUCGUUUCACCUCCUUGGCUGGACAGGUCGCAAGCGACGUCGACCGAAGCACGGAAAUGAGCAAAAAUGUGUUUCAAGCCCUCCAAGAAGCCCUUCAAGCGAUUGAAGGCAACCUCGGUCCGUAUUCGACAAUUUUCAAACAGCUUGCUAAUAGCGAGAGUUGCUACGGAAAUUUGCAACAACAACUUCAGAUUCUUGGGCCAAUCCUCGGCAGUCUCGGUGAUUCUAUCAAGGCCGUGGGAAUAACAGAAAAAGACCUUGCACGCGGUUUAGAAACGUUCACUCAGAAGCUUUCCGAAGCUCAAAUUCCAGCAGGAAACCCUGUUCUGGAGAAGGAGGUUUCCAGCAAAUUUGCUGAAAAUACGCAGUUGCAACUUCAACUGCAAGAAGUCUCGAUUGAGGUUGAGUCUCUUCGAAAGCAACUUACAAACAAAUCAUCUGAGAACCAACAUCUUCAGCACGCUUUAACCGAGACUGUUACUAAUGAACAAGCAUCCAGGACUCACAAUGCUCGGCUGGAGAUUGAGAAGACGGCCUUGCGAGGUGAGCUUCAAUUGCUCGAACAAAGAAUCCGAGAAGAGUUGGGUGCCGCAAGCAUCAAAUUGCAGGGCCAGAUGAAAUCUAAAUUCGAAGAACAAGUCCAAGGUCUUGAGACAGAAAAGGCGAGGUUUGAAAUAGACCUCAACAACCUCCAGGUGCAGCUUGCAAAUGUCCAAAGCUCUUUGACCGAAACCAAGAAGGCAGCUGAGGAUGAGCGACUGGAAAAGACCUCCAUGGCCCAGGAAUCACAGAAACGAAUCGAGGAGCUGAAUAUUUCUUGCUCAAAAUACAUCGCAGAGGCCAAAGCUAAUGAGGUUGAAACAAACUUAUUGAAGAGCUCCGAAGCGGGUCUCUUGGCGGAAAAGGGGAGGCUCCUUGAACAGCUCGAACAAGCGAAAGGAAAGACCACCGAGCUUGAAGCGAGCCUGGGGCUGAAGAUCGAGUCUGUAACGCUGAAAGAGAAAGCAAUACAGGAAGCAGAAAAAAAGGCCGAGGUGCUUGAGCUCGAGACAGCCCAGAAGAAUGAAGAGCUUGCAGCGACGAAAGAAAAUCUCGCUAUGCUCAAAGCACGAUCAUCAGCUUUGGAGAAGGUCGGGGAGGAAGCCGAUGCUGAAAUAAUUUCACUCCUCCGCCGGGCCCAGGAGGCUGAAAGUUGGCAAGCGACCAUAAGAGAAGGGUUUGCGAAGGUAAUCGAGGUACAUCCUGAUGAGCCUUUCGAGCAAACAUGGCAGAAACUGGAAGACAUCAUUCAGUCCUCGCUUGCUCGGCCGUCCAUCACUAGUGAUACGUCUUGCACCAAGCCUCACGGUACGGGAAAUAUGGAGGCGACUGAAGGCAGCAAUCUUGCACUGGAGCCAAGAGAGGGGAAACACGACAAUAUCUUCGAGACGAAUGAAUCAGCCAAGGGGGCUCUCAAGACUGCUGGGAACAUGCAGGCAGAUGGAUCUCUAGCACCAAAGAUUUGUAGCCCCCCAAAGGCUUUGAAACAUGGUGAUUGUGUCGACUCUCUACCGAAAUUCCCUGCUGGUCACGGUCAUAUUGUUCCUUUUUCAAGUCUGCAUGACAGACUUUCACGGGAAAAUAGCCUGUCACUUUUCAAUGAUCCAGCUGAGCUCGAAAUGCUCUUUAUGUCAACUCCAGAUCUCCCGGGAGGGUUGGUGCCAGAUGAUGCCCCCAAGAAAGCUCAUGAGCACCCAAAGAUUCCAGCUGAGCCUCUGAAAACGAAUCGAGAUCUCAAUGAACCUAACCCUGUUCUCGGGAUGCAAGCUUCCGGCGCUGAUGACGGCAAAAGCGAGAGACCCCAGUCGGCUCUUGAAAAAACUGACAGUUCGUUUGUGGAUAAAUCAGCCAAGAAUGAACAGCCCAACACCAAGCGUAAAGUAGUCAGCUUCGAGGGGACGCGCGUUAUCACCCAAACAGAGGUUGGCAGAGCGAGACGAAUGUCAGACGCAACCGACAACAGCUCUGGAAGAGAGUCCGAAAGUAAGGAAGUAAAGAGAACGCAGCAACGGACUUACAGCCGUCUUCGCCAGUCUGUGGCACAAGAGGAAACUUCAAUUGAGAAGACUACAGGGAUGGGAAAGUCUCAACGGGGCUCAAUGGACACGGAGCGAUCUUCAAAUGCAAACCCAAGGCCACCGAAGAGACCGCGAAAUGCAGCCGAUGGCCCGGAACGACGACUGAGUCCGAAGGGUUUGGCUUCAGGUAGCAGCAGGGGAAACACAGCCGGCCAAGCUAGCACUAUGCGAGGCCGAGGUAAGCGCCGCACUCGAGGUAAGAUGCUUGAUGCUUUUCCAAGGCAGCCCCAGUUAACGGCUAGAAGGAGACCGCUACAAUCAGCGCUUCAGCCAAAGACGCCGGCUGAGCAGUUGAACGUGAAGUGA